AUGCCAUACAACGGGGUGGACGACACCUCCGAAGGCCAGCCCUUCUUUCUUAGAAGUACCGAAGACUAUCGAGAAUCUUUGAAGAGUGUCCACAGAGCAGACUUUGGAUUGAGUGGAGAAGGACAUUCGUGGGCCGUCCAGACUGUAGUCCAAAAACAGAUCAACAUCUAGAAUGGCAACUGCAAGCACCUCUGGACAAAGCCCCUUUGGGCUGGGAAGGAAGAAGAGGGAUCCUGGUCUCCUGGAUCAAAUUGGCAGGUUCUUUGGUGGAGACAAAAAGAGAAAGGGAAAGGGUUCAUUUCGUGGUCAUCUGUCCUCCUCUCCACAGAGACCCCAGCAAUCUUCCACCCGUCGUCGUGGAGAUGUCAACCCUGUGGUGCAUUUCUUCAGGAGCUUCGUGUCCUCUCCUCGUCCCAAGUCAAGGUGGAGAGAACUAUUGGGCCUGGCUUCCUCAUCACCGCGUCGCUCUGAGAGCAUUAGAUCCCCCCACAGACGCAGAAGGGAACAGAAUACACUCUCCAGAAUCUUCAACUUGGGAGAAAGUCGAUCUCGCUCUCCACCCAAACGCUGGAGCACCAUCUUCUGAGCCCUUCUCUGACCAGGAAAACACCGAGAUGGAAUAGAGUGAAACUGAUAGAGUGGAAAAUGCAAGAAGGAGGAUCUCUGCCCUACAGAUUCACAAGUCGCUGCGAGUUUAACGGACUAACAUUGCCCAUCUUCGCUUCCUAGGUAGAGAUACAAUCCAAGCAUGUGUUGACUGUAUAUGUGUAAAACUGCUGCAAUAUCUGUCAAUGGUCAGGUGAUGCAAUAGAAAGUUUUUUUCAAACGUCUCCCUUCUAAAUUCAGUAGAAGUGGCCAAUCUGAAAAUGUUCUAAGAGUGCAAGGGAUCAGAAGUCCUAAGCAAUGCAGAUUAACCCACUGGUUUCAAUGAUUUUAGUCUUAUUUGACAGAACUAGGUAAAUUUCUCUUUGACAGUGUUACAAUAAAACAGACUUUCCCCAAAUGUUUGAACCUUUAAACAUAAAAGUGAGUUUAAAGCAGGAGAUAAUUGCAGUGAAACCCAUUAUUCUGUAAUUCUGAAAUGUAUCUUUUUGGCCUUCUUGUCUUAGAUGUAGAUAAUGUUUUUGUUACACAAUGAGUUGCUUGUGUGAUAUUCAGCUUUUGAUGUGUGACAUUAGUCCUUCUGCUAUGGUGAAAAAGUAUUUUCAUGGUUUUGUUAAGAUCAGUGUUUAGCCUCAGUUAUGUGCAGUGUAUUUGUGGAUGUUUGUGUUUAUUGUUGUCCUUGUGCUGUGUUAUAUAUCUGUUUUUCCUUUGAAUCAAGAACUCUGUAUAUAGAAUUCUUUAUUGUGUUUUGAGCAACAUAAAAAUUAUGACCUGUUAACACUCUGUAUACAUUUACCUAAUAUUACAUUUUAAUUAUUUGAGAAAUUAUUUAGCUUUUAAAUAGGAACACACCUUAAAACCAUUAAACAAUGACUAAAAACAAUAUUUUGUGGAUAAGAAAAUAGAUUUUAAGCACUUAUCAAGCUUAUAUUUUAUGCCCUCAGUUGUUGCACUACAUAACAUAUUAUGAGUUAAAACGGCUCGUAAAUAUUGUCUGUGUCAUUAGAAAUGCAUUUUUUAAUGUUAUUUUGGAAAGAUCUUGUGCAAUUACCCAGGGAUAGGAUUAAUAUUUAAAUAACAGACAUGCAUAAAUCAAGGACAAAGAGUCACUGGGAGCUUAAAGGGUACAAAACCGACGAAAAGGUAGGGAAAACUGAAAGUGCAAGAGGGAAAAUGUGAGAAAAGAGAAACAAGGAAAGAAUUUUGAAAGAGUAAGGUGAAGUUUAUUCAGCUGAUUUUUAUGGUAUGUUAUUCUGUGGUGUUUCUCACCUGUGUUAAUAAUGUUCAUUGUUUCAUGUCUCAUAGACUAUUCCUGUAUGCACUGUUCAAGAAAUAGUGCUGAAUAAACAUUAGAUCAAACAUUCUAUCUGUCAGCGCUGGAUUUGUCUCAAAUAUGGUGCUACACUUUAUAUUAAGCAUGGGAUAUUCUGAAGUGGCCAGGUGGUCUGAUGUAAUAUCUUUAACUCUUCCUUGAUUUAUAAAGUAACGUUAAAUAAAGGUUCAGACAUGUA